GGCCGGCGAUGGCCUAUUGAGUAUAAGUUACCCACGAAAGUGACAUCUACAUCGGUGUACCAUUUAUUUACCUACAUAAAAAUACCAAGAUUCUUUAAGUAUUAGUCGUAUAAGAGAUAUGAAUGAGGACCACUUCGUUCUCUCUCGAGGUCCUGGCCCUGCUGUUCCUGACGCUGAUCCCUUGGCCGGGACCGUCGGUCUUCAAGAUCACCUGCUCACGUGACAACUCCAAAAUUGUGCGAAAGGUCAUUCAAAACAAAUGGCUCCCCGUUUUAGAAAGGUUUCAAGUAAAGCUGCCGCUGGAGUGUCCGUUCCACCCCGCGCGAGACAUAUUCGCGCCGCAGCACGACGCCAAGAUGCAGCACCGGCCCUCGCAGUGGACCUGCGCCUUCUGCGGCAAGUCCUUCUACGAGGAGCGCCACCUCGACACACAUUUCGACCAGCGACACAAGAACCAGAUUAACAGGGCGGAGGACGCAGUAUGCCUAGCGGAGUACUGCGAUAUAAUGCGGUGCCAAGUUUUGGUAGCGCAUGGGCUGCUAAACGGCGGUGGCGGGCCUAGCACGGACAUGGAAGUAUGGCAAGAUGCAGAGGCGGCGCGUAAGGCGCUAGCGCCCGCUGCUCCGAGGUCUGUGGCUCGUGUCCCGGCGCGGAGACGCCGUCCGCGGGCCGUUCAACCCCAUCCUGUGAGGGACUGCCCUUCGACUGAAGUUGAUCCUGAUAUUGUAGAGCCAGAAGAGAAACGCACAGAGGACAGCGAAGGCGACGCGAAUCAGACCUCUGAGCUGUGCGACGCAGACACGGUGGAGUCUUCUCUGCCGCCCGACAGCAGGCAGCGGCGACUAGCAGACCUACAGGCGGAGCGUGCUGCUUGCGACCCCGCGCGUCUUCAGCUACUUAAAGUGCGGUGCGAGCGAGUGGUUCAUUCCUGCAUCGCCACUUUGUUGUUGCAUCUCACGCAGCACCAGUUUACAGAACUUGAAGACGAGAUGCAGCGCGCCGUGUGCUGGUAUCUGAGCUGCGACCGCUACUGGGAGGACACGGCGCCCACCGCGCGCGCCUUCCCCUGGCCGCUGCUGCUGGCGCUCGCCACCGGGCUCGCGUUGGCUUUGUGCAUGUGCUAUUACAUCAUCUGGAUCGUGUUCGAUUCUGAGGAGGGCAGCGUCGCGGGCAGCGCGUCGGUGUCGAUGACGACGCACUCGUCGCCCGCGCGCGCCGAGCGGCUGGCGGCCGAGGACGCGCUGCUGGACGACCCCGACCACGACGACCACUACAUCUACGUCACCUACCCACCCGAGCUCAAGCGCCGUCUGCUCGAGAGCUGCUACAAUAGAACAACUCGCCUCUGAGACCCGACGUGUCCACCUUAUUUCAUCGUGCAUGCACCUUAUUUGUAUGAAGAAAGUAGAUUAUUAGUGUGUAGAUAUUAUUAGUAAUACUCAGGAAUUUCCUCAUAGAUCACCUAUUCAUAAUACAACAAAAGAAUAGUCCGGACUCUUUUGUAGUACCUUUAGGUAUCUACUCUGCGUAAACGCAUUCAUGUUAAAUUCGCAGAUAACACUAACUAAAUACCUACAAUUCUGGGUAUUCAAAUAAUUUCCCGAAGACAUCGUAGAUUGUACCAAACCUAAGAGUUAGACCGAGAAAAGUCUGUAACGAUUUGGAUAGCAUACGCAGUGCAAGUGUUACUUACACGUCAUAAUUUCAUAGAAGUUGGAUUAGAAGUUUCAAAUAACACUCGCACUGCGUGUGCUACCAAAAUAGUUGCAGACUUAUCUUGGUCUAACUCUACCUACUAUGUUCAUCAAACCAACAUUGUAACUACCUAUUUAAAUUAUGUUUAAAAGAAUUUAUAAUACGAAUAGAAGAGUGUUUUAGAUUUUUAUUUUACAAAUAGCGCGUUGAUGUAGCCUUGUGUUUGUUAUAAGUUAUUUAGUGAAUAUUAAGAGAAGUUACAGUUAAGUUAGCACGAUUAGUUUUAUGGGUACCUACCCAAUAUUAACGCCGUUAGCAGAGGCCCAUUUCUCGUACGUUAGACUAAUAUUAUUAGUGUGUCGCCAUGGUAACCCAUACGACUUGACAGGGGCCCAUUUGUCGAAAGAUAUUAGUCUAAUAUUAUUAGUGUGUUGUCAUGGCAACCCAUACGAUUUGACAGUUUGUGGACUAAUAAUAUUAGUCUAAUAUCGUCCGAGAAAUGGGCCCCAGAUGUGCCCAUAUUAGUAUCUAUUACAUUGUUAUUUAGGUUUUUAAUUAAAUUCUGGGACCUCAACAUUCGGAUUAUAGAAUAUUGUAAAUACUUACGUUAUGUAACGCAUUGAUUAUGAAUAUUAAAUUGAAUCUCAAUAUAUGAUAUCGCUAACAAAAACAAUGCACCUACCUACCUAAUAUAAUUUACGCUAUCAUAGUUAACAUAAUAGUUCAUAGUUUAAGAAAUUGGCGUAUUAAUUAUAUUUCGGUUAGAAAGCAACAAAAAUACUUAUAUUUUUUAAACCCUAUUACCUAUAAUCAUGAGAAAUGUCUGAUAACUACGCUAUCACUAAAAGACGAUUUUUCAAUAGUACAGUCACGAACUUUAAUUGUUGAGCCAUUUUAGGGUUUACUUUACAUUGGACAUUUCAUACCGUUAGUAUUGACAACCAAAUUAGCAUGGACCUCAGAUGUCUCAUUACUCAUUAAUAUUCACAACGACGGCGACGGGCCUUAAUCACGUAAAAAUUAGAUCGAGUAAAAAUCGUGAUAGUUUAAAUCAGUGUCUUAGAUGGGUCAACAAUUAAAGCUUUACCUAGUAAAUUUAGUUGCCUAGGUUAUUUAAAAUGUAAUCAUGUAAAUGUAACCUUCUAAACAAGUUUAUUACAUUACGUAAUUCAAACCAGAUUAUUUAAUAAAUAAACAAAAACACUCUAAAUUAUUUAGACGAAUCUCAAUAAUGAUUAGUCGUUGUGAAGAUACUUUGAUCGGUGUGUAAUCAAUCAGUUAUUCACGCCGCAAACGAGAUAACGAAACGUGGAUCUAAGGAACACAUGGUUAUGAAGUAUAAUAUAAUUACAAUGAAUGAUCAUGAAGCCAAUAUGGAGUCAGUCGCCUUAAUGUGCGUACCUAUAGUGCGGUGUUCUAGUACCUUGCCUGCUAGUCGUAAGUUAACAGUAAUGUAUAGAAUAAAACCUGCUGCAAAUUGUAAAUAAGCUAUAUUUUUUCCAAUUAAUGUAAUUAGAAUAUUGAUUACCAUACGAUUGAUAGGAUGAUAGGUCGAGCGACUCUAUGUAUUAAAACUAUUAAAAGUACCUAAACUCUACAAAAAUGUGUGAGGCGAGGCGAUGUUAGGAAGAGUAACAUAGUUUAUAUUGCUCGGGGAAAGAGGAACCCUGUGAGAAUUCCCCACAUGUAUUUCUCUUACCUUCUAAACCUUAUACCCUUAACAAUAUUGCGUAGCAACUUAGGUACAUACUUACAUACCUAAUCCCAAUAUACAUACCUACUUAUUCAAGUAACAAGUAACCAUCUGUCGAAUUGAUUAUUAACGCGAAAAAUAUGAUACCAUAUGGAGGUACAUUAAAAAGAAUCUACCGUUUGACAACCAUUUAUCCUUAUGACAUUGGGUAAGAGCGGCCUAAGACUGAGUGAGAUCGAAUUUUUCAUCGUUUGUAUUUAUAUGACGUGUUAUCACCCUCCUGUGAAGUGUGUUAGUCCAGUAGCUAAGGAGUAAUAACUUACGUCCAAUGUCAUAAGGGAUGGGCUAGUAGAUCAGCAUCUAAUUAUACUGUCUUAAGUUAAUGCCUUUGAUGUUGAUUUACUAGGUCCUAUAAGUCUAGCGAUGGAAAAUCGACUCAACAAAGUAAAGCUUAAAACUGGAUUCAUGUUUUAAGUCAGUCUUCAUACUUAUUUCACUUGAUAUUGGCUAAAUUAUCAGUCGUAUUGGCUCCACACUUGAUUCGAUCCGAAUAUUGGCGAAAGUCAUUGUGUAAAGGGCUUAAGACGAAUUUGACACGUCAGUGUCUUCUUUUCGCUUGUAUCUUGCGGUAUCAUCAUAUUUCUCUGGCAUAAUUCUAUUCUUAUUGCUAUUAUACACCACGCGAGCAUCAUACGUAACUAAAAACAAUUAUUUUUCGCUAUUUUAUUGCUCACUCGUCAUAAAUCUCAGCUCAUCUAGAACGAACCCUCAAAUUAUAUGUAACUAAUACCGCUUUCUAUUAAUCUUAUGAAAUGCUUAAACGAGACUGAAGUAAAGCAUACAUUUUAGGGAUCGUACGCGCACUCGACAUACAAUAGUAAUGUGCACUUUUCAUUCUAAUUGGAUUAAUAUAAAAUUGUAAAAAGUUUGUUAAAUAAAAAUAUAAAAUAA